UCCUUCUACGUCACUAAGCCCCGCCUCGCCUCGCCUCGUGCCGCCACCCCUCUUGUCGGCUGGUCAGCCGCACGCGACGCGACUCGACGCGCCGCAUCCUCCUCGCUGCUAUCUGGCGAGGGCAAAACGACAACAAACUGGACGAUAUCAGCCUCCUCCAUUCUCGGGAAAGGGGGCGAGUCUAUCUCGAGUGAAACGCGGCGAAGAGUGAGGCUGACUGCGGGUCGGCGCCCUUUUCCUCAACUCCUGUAAAGUGGAUGGCCUGAGCAGAGAGGCGGCGAGAGAUGAGCUGGGCCGCGGAGGACUGGACGGCGGGCCUGUCGGGGCGGGUUCUGCAGAAAGUGAAGGAGCUGCAGGCCCAACAGGAGCGUCUGUCCAGAGAGAACAAGCAGAAGCAGCUGCAGCUGGACAACAUCCACAUUAGCCACGACAAGCAAAGCGCGAAGUACGAGGAGGUGCGCGGGGAGCUCCACGCCUCGCGCAGGGAGCUCCAGAGCGUCCGGGAGGCGGCCCGCCUUGCCGAAACCGCCGGUCAGCGCCUCAGCCAAGAGCUUCAGUCCAAGCAGGCCCAAGUCUGCUCCUUGGAGGGCCAGCUCGAUGCCGCCCGGACCCUCAACAACAAGCUCGCCCAGGAAGUCAAACGGCUGGAGGCAGAACUAGAGAAGUCACAGAACGGCGGCAGGUCUGCAGACACUUCUUUCGCCACACCCCGCUGGAGUACGAGCUCGCCCAGGGAAAACCUUGGGAGCCGAAAGGAUGAGAGGACGGGGCAGAGAGAGGAAUCGCAGCAGCGCUCACUACACAUCCGACGGCUCCAGUUCUCGGACGCUUCCAGUACCCCGUCGCCGCGGCAACUCAAGACCUCGCCCCGCAGCCACCCGUCCGACCAAUCGGACUCUUUCGCCACUCCCUCGUCGGUUUUUCCAUGGGAGCGUGACGACCCCAGGCCGGCGGCCAGGAGGCCAUCUCCGUCUUCUCCCCUGGCGCCCGGUCCUGCCCACCAGUCGACGGAGGCGGCGCCUGAGAGGGAGGAAGAACCCUGCGCAGCAAAUGACACGUCGCUGUCACAAAUGCGGCAUCACGCGGCGUCUCUGGAGGAACAGCUGAGUGUGAAGACGGAGACGCUGAAGUCGCUCCAGGCGGAAAUGGCGCAGGCCAAGAAGAAGAUGGCCGCCGCGGAGCUCGGCCUGCAAAGAGCGCACAACGAACUCAGCGUGGCGCACGCGCGCAUCAGUCAGGAGGGCGAACGGGCGUUGGCGGCUGAGCAGAGGCUCAAGCAGCUUCAAGAGGAGCUCAAAUGUCAGCGGCAGAACGCCGAGAGCAGUCGACUGCAGCACCAACAGCGCACGAAGGAGCUGGACAAGCAACAUCAGAGGGACCUGCUGGAGCUUCAGAAGGAGAAACAGUGCAUGGAAAAGCAACAUCAGCAGGAAGUCAACAAAGCCAACCAGGAGUUGCUGCAGGCCAGGAUGCUUCACAACGGCCUGCAGGCCCAGACUGACAAGCUGUCUCAGCAGAAGCAAGCGCUGGACAAAGAGUUGGAGUCUUUGAAGGAAAAGGUCAAAUUCACAGAAGCGCAGCUGCAGGAGAGCCAGAAGAAAGAGACGCAAAUACAAGCAAAACUGAAGGAGGUGAAGCUCGAUGCGGAGGGCGUGGCCGUCGGUCUGGAGCAGAGCAAGAAGAGAGAGCGGGUUCUGGAGGAAGAGAUGAGGAGAGUGGCAGGGGAGCGGGCCGACGCCCUCCGACUUCUCAAAGAACUGCAAGAACAAAAAGCUGCUCCCUCGGCAGAACGCGCACAACUCCUACCGGCUUCUCCUGUCGGACAGAGUUCCUCGUCUCAGGCCUCCCCGCAUCACGCUCGCCCGUCUGCGUGCCCCAAGAGGCCUUCCACCCCGCGAGUCGAGCCCAGGGGGCUCAAGCAAGACGAGGAGCUCCAGCAAAAAGCAGAUCUUUCCAUGUCCUACCCGUCUGACAGAGAACCCGGAGAGGGGAUUGAUUCUGAGCACAUGGCUGCAGACGUCGAGUGUUCCCACCGGCGAAGGGACCAGGAAGCGAAGGAGUCCUGCGUAUCCGACACUGCUGAGGGCGACAAGGGCGUAAUAAUUCUCGAUGCUCUGAAGUCCGAGCAGACGACCCACACCGAGGACCUGCAGAGGGAGAACGCCGCGUUGCGUUCGGAGCUCCGCGAAGUGCGCGAACAACUCCGGAAACGACUGGACGACCUGGAGGUCCUGCGGCGCGCCGAAGCGGAGGCCAGGACGCGACUGGAGCAACUGAGCCGUAACGGCGUGGGGAAGGCGGAGUUGGAGAGGGGGAAGAAUGAGAAGGACGGCUUGAGGAAGACUUUGGAGGAAAGAGAGGAGCACGACAGGAGCGAGCAGACGCAAGACGAUCGGGAGACGCAAAUGAUGCAGCUCAACUGCGAGCUGAAGAAGCAACUGGGGGAAGUGAAAGUCCAACUGGCCUUAGAACAAGACUGCAGAGAGCGAGAGAAAGAGGAGCUGACUCAAAUCAGCAACGCGGAGCGGGAAGGAAAACGAGAACUGAGCAUCCAAUUAGAAGAACUUAAAGCUCAGCUUGCUGAACUGAAGCGCGGUAGAGCUCCAGAGUCUCGAUGCGACGAGAAACCGCUAAGCAACACUGACCGGCUCAACUGCAACAUCCUGAUCUCAGGUAAAGAAUUGCCGUCGCCGGAGCACGACGCCGUCUCCUGCCAGUCCACCAACCUGCGCAACGCGCUAGUUUCCCAGCGAACAACAACGGGGCCGCAGCACACGCAGCUCUCGCAGGAGGGACAAACGGGCGCACCGGUGUCCGAUUUGAGAGACACCUCCGCAGAACGUCUCCGGGAGGAGAUUGAACGACUGAGGAGAGAAAACGCACAGGAGACAGAACGUGCCGAGCAGCUCCAAGUUAAACUGACGGCCCUUCAGAACCAGCUGACCAGCCAAACCAAACAGCUGACGGCGGGAUUUGAGAAGCAGAGCCAGUACAUCUCGGGACUUCUGGCUGAAGUGCAGGAGAAGGAGGGCGCCCUCCUCAGCCAAGCGGAGGAACUGCAGCGCCGCACGCGAGAGCUGGACGCGCUCAAGUCCGAGAGAACGGGAAGAAAAAAGGGAAAAAUUUGUAAGGUGGAGCACGAAAGCCAAAUGGAGGCUGUUUUUAACUCCCUGGGUUCCUUAAACCGUAAAACAGACUUUUCUUCCACUUCAAUUCAACGUAGCUCACAAAAGGACUCGCUUCAGCAAAAACACGAUGCAACCGAUGUGGACAAUACAGCGGGAUCGACUCAACCGCAUGGCUUAGGGGGCUCUGGUAAGCCUCAAAGCACCCAUUGCAGUGCUUUGGGCGCACCAGACAAAGGACAAGUACUCGGGGCUCCCCAGCACGAGGACCGAGUAGACUUGGAAUGUGACGCCCUGCCGUCUGCACCACUUGACAGAACCUCAGGAACGAGAGGAAGUGCUGAUGAGCUGAUCAAGCACCUGCAGACACGGGUGGUGGCACUGCAGAGGGAGCUGCAGGAGCACUCGAAGGUGGCCCAGCAGCAGGCCGAAGAGUUGGCCAUCUGGAGAUUGGCCUCUCAACCUCCCUCCAUGUUGGAUCGGGGCCUUCCCAGCCCGGGGGCGCAAUCUGAAAGGCAAACCCAGCACGGCGCGAAGGACCUGAGCGCAGCGCUGGUCGUCAGAAAGGAUGAGCUGUUGCUCUCUUGCGUCUCCAACAAGCUGCAAGGUCGCAUGCUCUCCGCCAGCUUGCAGCAGAGCGGCGUGCCCGAGAGGAGCAUCCAGCGGCCCCCGCAUGACGAGAACCAGCCAUCAGAAAAGGAAGCCCAGCGUUCAAGCCCACACGAUGACCCAGAACAUCAUCGAACGGCUCAGGAACACGUCAGCCAAUCUUGCGCACCAAAUUCUGAUGGCGGCCGGAGAGCGACCAAAGACUUGAGCGCGAGCGCCAACUCCUCGGCCAGAAACGUCGGCACGCAAACGCAGGAGCGCCUGUGCCGCGGCGGCGCCGAGGUGGCCCCCGGGCGCCUCUGCGUGCACACGCAGACCGCAGCCGAGCCCGAGGAGAAAGAAUCGGUCAACCCUUGCCCUCGCGUAAUUCAAGCUGCGCCAUCUGCGGGACGCGAGACGCGAGACAAAAUGAUCUUUUCCACUUCCUUCCCCAUCCCGGCCGACCCGGUGCGUCUGGCCGAACGGAUACGACGGAACAGGACGCAGCUGUCUGCCGCUUUUGACGACACCGAGUACGAACCCUACGGUCUCCCGGAAGUUGUCAUGAAAGGUUUUGCCGACAUCCCCAGCGGGCCCUCGUGCCCCUACAUCGUGAGGCGGGGCUUGUUGGGGACCGCCGUCGUCCCCGUCACUCAGAAGGAGGGCGUCCCGGAGGACGAGACGGAUUGACCACGUCCUUCCCGGGUCGCACGAGCCAACGGUGACGGGAUCGGUCGGCGGUGACGGACGGACCCACGGCCAAAGCUUUUCGAGGAUGUCGUGAAGUCCGCUCGCGAACCUCCAGCGCGCACGUGACGCUUUUGUCGUCCUCG